AUGGCGGUGAUGGUAGCACACACCCAAUGCCGUGAAGGCUCAGCAUUCCACCAGUACAACUGUUGCGGAACGCACAACACUGACUGUUGUUUUGCGAUACAGGGAUGGGUGAUCAUCGUUGGUUCAUUCAGUGCAUUUGUCGCCUGUUCUUCCUUCAUCUUUUAUUUAUUGCUCAAGUUUCAAAUAAUUUGUAUAGAACACUCAUAUCCUCCCAAAGUCAUCUAUCUCGAGGGAAGACGUUAA